AUGCGUCCGAUCCUAAUUGGUAUAAUGGCUGAGAUUGGUAGUUUGGAGAAAUGUGAAUAGCUCAUACCGCGCCUGCGCACAGUCAAUUUUGUUUAGGGAAUGUUAUGACAUGCAUGAGGAGACGUGGGGCUAAAUUGGAAGGGACAGCAUCGCGUCUCCACGUGAUUUCAAAUGUUUACGAGGUUUGCCUGACAAAUCUCGCGUAAAGUGGGUAACCCUAACCCCGCCGACGCGUUGUAGAAAAAACUAGGACGCAAGGUGCUAUGCUUCCUCCUUCUCCCUCCUUUCCACCCCUCCUCCCUCCUUUCCACCCCUCCUCCACCACAACAUCCCAAUUCUCCUCCCAUCCCCCUCCUCCAAAUUUUUUCUGCAUUGCGAAUCCUUCAUCAUUGUUAAUUGCCUUGAUACCCCGCAUUAAUUCUUCCUCUACCGACGUUCAUUUUACACAAACUUCGAGAUGUAUGUUGUGAAACGAGGCAAGUUGAUACCUAUUUCUUUCAUUCGUUCUGGAUUGUCUUUAAGGCGCCCUGUAUUUGUUCUCCGCAAUUUUUCAACCUCGUUGUUUGGGGUUUUGCUGACAAUUAACAAAACAACCUAGACAACCGUAAGGAGCGCGUCCAGUUUGACAAGAUUACUGCUCGUGUUUCCCGUCUCUGCUACGGCCUUGAUAGUGAACAUGUAGAUGCAGCCACCAUUACCCAGAAGGUCAUUUCUGGAGUUUACCAGGGCGUUACUACUAUCGAGCUAGACAAUCUGGUAAGUUUUGGUAUUUUGGCUCCUAGCCCUGGGUUGUCUAAUAAAUUUCAAGGCAGCGGAAACCGCUGCAUAUAUGACUGUCACUCACCCAGACUACGCCAUUCUUGCAGCUAGAAUCGCUGUCAGCAAUCUUCAUAAGCAAACGAAGAAGCAGUUUUCUCAGGUCAUUAGCGAUUUGUAUCACUAUGUUAACCCUGUGAGUUGCAUCUUACUCUCAAAUUUGAUCAAGUUGCCAAUGUGAGCUAAUAUUUUUCAAGAAAAACGGCCGGCCUGCCUCAAUGAUUUCGACUGAAACUUACGAGACCGUCAUGCGCCAUGCGUCUGAAUUGGAUUCCGCCAUUAUCUACGAUAAGGACUUCAACUACAAUUACUUCGGCUUCAAAACUUUGGAGCGUUCAUACCUUCUUCGGAUCAAUGGAAAAGUUGCUGAGCGUCCUCAGCACAUGCUUAUGCGCGUGGCUGUCGGGAUUCAUGGGGAGGAUGUCGACAAGGUUCUCGAGACGUAUAACCUCACAUCUUCAAAGCAUUUUACCCACGCUUCGCCUACCCUCUUCAAUGCAGGCACACCAUCGCCUCAACUUUCGUCCUGUUUCCUGGUUAGCAUGAAAGGUGACUCAAUUGAUGGCAUUUACGACACUCUCAAGACCUGUGCCAUGAUUUCAAAAACUGCCGGUGGCAUUGGGCUCAACAUCCACUGCAUUCGUGCUACUGGCUCCUACAUUGCUGGCACCAAUGGUAGUUCCAAUGGUAUCGUGCCAAUGUUAAGAGUGUUCAACCAUACUGCCAGGUAUGUUGACCAGGGAGGUAACAAGAGGCCCGGGGCCUUCGCUAUCUACAUGGAGCCGUGGCACGCGGAUAUAUUCGAUUUCAUCGACUUGAGAAAGAACCAUGGCAAGGAAGAGGUUAGCAGAUAUUCAAUAGGUUAGGGUGUCGCAGGGGGUCACUAAUUUUCUCCGUAGGUUCGUGCAAGAGAUUUGUUCUAUGCUCUUUGGAUCCCUGAUCUAUUUAUGAAGAGAGUCGAGGCAAAUGCCGAGUGGAGCCUCUUUUGUCCUAAUGAAGCCCCAGGUUUGGCCGAUGUUUGGGGUGAGGAGUUUGAGACUCUCUAUAACAAAUAUGAGAAUACCAAAGACCUUGCUCGCAAGACCAUCAAGGCGCAAAAACUCUGGUACCACAUUCUCGAGGCCCAAACCGAAACUGGCAAUCCUUUCAUGCUCUACAAGGACGCAUGUAACCGCAAAUCCAACCAACAGAACUUGGGAACCAUUAGAUCCUCCAAUCUCUGCACGGAGAUUGUGGAGUAUAGUGCCCCUGAUGAGGUCGCCGUUUGCAACCUGGCUUCAUUGGCCUUGCCUACAUAUGUCGAUCUUCAGAGGGGUGAGUACGAUUUCGCCAAGUUGCACGAGGUGACCAAGGUUGUCAUCAAAAACCUCAACAAGAUCAUCGAUGUCAACUUUUACCCUGUCCCUGAAGCUAGGAAAAGCAAUACGAGGCAUAGACCCGUUGGUGUUGGUGUUCAAGGUUUGCCUUCUGUCACCAUUUCUCUUUUAACAGGCAACCACUGACUUGAUAAACGCAGGCCUUGCCGACGCUUUCUUGGCCCUCCGUAUGCCAUUCGAAUCACCUCAGGCGAAGCAACUCAACACUCAGAUUUUCGAGACCAUUUACCAUGCUGCCGUUGAAGCUUCUACCGAGUUGGCUGCGAUCCAGGGCCCCUACUCCACCUAUGAAGGUUCUCCUGCUUCGAAGGGCCAGCUUCAGUAUGAUCUCUGGGGUGUCACUCCCACCGACUUGUGGGACUGGGAUGAGUUGAAGGAGAAGGUGAAAAAGCACGGUCUCCGCAAUUCUCUUCUCGUGGCUCCCAUGCCCACUGCCUCAACCUCCCAGAUCUUGGGAUUCAACGAGUGUUUCGAGCCUUAUACCUCAAACAUUUAUUCGCGUCGUGUUUUGGCCGGCGAGUUCCAAAUUGUCAAUCCUUGGUUGUUGAAGGAUCUCGUUGAUAUGGGAUUGUGGAGCGAUAACAUGAAAAAUCGUAUCAUUUCCGAGAAUGGCAGUAUUCAGAAUAUCCCGAACAUUCCGGACGAUAUCAAAGCCCUUUACAAGACUGUUUGGGAAAUUUCCCAGAAGAAGGUUAUUGAGGUAUGUUCUUGGUCCCGGGUACCGGCAUAUUGGGUUUAACUAACUGGUUUUAUAGAUGGCUGCCGACCGUAUGUUAGGGCCAUGAAACUACCUCCCAGAAGAUGCUAAUCAAAUGAUUCUAUAGGUGGUGCCUUUAUCGAUCAAUCACAAUCUCUCAAUAUCCAUAUUCAGAACCCCACUAUGGGGAAACUGACUUCCAUGCACUUUUACGGUUGGAGAUUGGGAUUGAAGACUGGGAUGUACUAUCUUCGAACUCAGGCGGCUGCGGCUGCAAUUGUGAGUAGCCCCCUAGCUCCUUAUGGAUGGUCAAAGCCCCCCCAUAAAUGAAGGGAUAAAUGUAACGUUGGUUUGUUGUUUGUGGUGGAUUAAGAAACCUGCUGCACUAAUAGUCCAAUGUACAUAAUAUGGUUGGGGGAUUCAUGACUGAUGGGUUCAUACUUCACUUUUUUUUUCCCGGCUGUCUUUAUGUCAGGCGGUUUGCAUGUUCCCUAUCAUUCAUGUUCUCUAUCAUUUGCUUUCUUGUUGCAUUAGGCCCGGUUCUGCCCGUUUUCGUUGCCAUUCCGUUUCGCUUCGAUAUUCUCUUCUGCGAGGACUCUGAGAUAUUAUGCUAACUUUCGUCCCUAGCAAUUUACCGUUGAUCAGGAAGCGCUCAAAGUCGCCGAUACAAAUGUGGCGCGUGCUCUUCCUAACAAGAAGCGUCUCCCGAACACUGGCUACUCUUCCACGACUGCCAUCCCUCGCCCGUUGGGUGCUUCCACCUCUCCCGUUUCUCCGCCCGGUCCAAGCACUCUAAAAUCGUCGUCUAAUGGCAUUGUUGCAUCAGCUGUUACGCCCCGCGUUAAGUCUGAACCUUCUCCCAAGUUGCUUGAUACUGAACCUCCCACCGCGGCCGACGAGAUUGAGGAAUUGGAAAAGAAGAAACCUCAGGAUGAAGACAGCCAGCGUAUCAGUGAGAAGCGCGAAGGGGACAUCUACGCAGACGCCGUUCUCAGCUGUAGUAUUGAAAACAAGGAGGAGUGCAUGAUGUGCUCUGGUUAGCUUAUGCAAUUUUCUCCGCCAAUGAUCUGUCUAAGGGACCAGGGGGUGUUUGUGGCGCAAAUUAUUAUUCCAUUGUAAUGAAGGUUACGCUUUCGGGGAACGUGUUUAUGCUAGUUAAUUGUCUUUGUAUUCGCAUUUCAAAAAUUCAAAUGUGAUACCCGCG